CAACAUACAACUUCAGGGAGGAGAAAAAUCAGAUAGACCGAAAAUUUAUUGCGACAUUUUUACAACUCCCGUGAAUUUGCUUAAAAUAAUUCUUGUUGUAUCCAGUACAGUGGUCCGCUUUUUGGAACUUCAGUAAAGGACAAAUUGAAAGUGAAGAAGUUCAAAAGCAGCGAAAGGAAAUGCUCACAAAUUUCGAAACAAAGUCGGCUCGAGUGAAGGGUCUCUCAUUCCACCCAAAGCGGCCAUGGAUUUUAGCCAGUUUGCACAGUGGUGUGAUUCAGCUGUGGGACUACCGCAUCAGCACCCUGAUCGAGAAGUUCGACGAACAUGAUGGGCCCGUUCGUGGGAUUGCUUUUCACAGCCAACAGCCGCUGUUCGUGUCCGGGGGAGACGACUUCAAGAUCAAAGUCUGGAACUACAAGCAAAGGCGGUGUAUUUUCUCGCUGCUAGGUCAUUUGGACUACGUGCGGACGACGGUGUUCCAUCAUGAGUAUCCGUGGAUUUUGAGUGCAUCCGACGAUCAGACCAUUCGGAUUUGGAACUGGCAGUCACGGUCCUGUAUUUGCGUGCUUACCGGACAUAAUCACUACGUGAUGUGCGCCCAAUUUCAUCCGACGGAUGAUAUCAUCGUGUCUGCCUCGCUGGAUCAGACCGUGCGAAUUUGGGACAUUUCCGGGCUGAGGAAGAAAAAUGUUGCGCCGGGACCAUCUGGAUUGGAUGACCAUUUGAAGAAUCCGACGGCAACGGAUUUGUUCGGACAGGCGGAUGCCGUAGUUAAACAUGUUCUGGAAGGUCAUGAUCGGGGAGUAAAUUGGGCCAACUUCCAUCCGACGUUACCGUUGAUUGUAUCUGGAGCGGACGAUCGCCAGAUUAAGUUGUGGAGAAUGAAUGAGUACAAGGCAUGGGAAGUAGAUACUUGCCGGGGACAUUACAACAACGUUUCCUGCGUACUGUUCCAUCCACGGGCAGAACUUAUCGUUUCGAACAGCGAGGACAAGAGUAUUCGGGUUUGGGACAUGACCAAGCGGCAGUGUAUCCAUACCUUCAGAAGGGAACAUGAGCGGUUCUGGAUUCUGGCUGCACAUCCCAAUUUGAAUUUAUUUGCUGCUGGUCACGAUUCGGGAAUGAUCGUUUUCAAGUUGGAACGCGAACGUCCGGCAUAUGCAGUCUACGGAAACUGUCUGUACUACGUCAAGGAGCGGUUCCUCCGCGAACUCGAUUUCAAUACGACUACAGAUUCGGUUGUGAUGACAAUUCGCGGCGGUGGGAAGACCCCCGUCUACAGUAUGUCAUAUAACCCUGCUUUAAAUGCGGUUCUUCUCUGCACCAGAACUUCCAACUUGGAAAACAGUACUUAUGACCUUUACAGCAUUCCUCAGAAGGAUAGCAACUCGCAGAACAGCGAAAGUGAUAGCAAACGUUCUUCGGGAAUGACUGCUGUUUGGGUGGCACGUAAUCGUUUUGCCGUUUUGGAUCGUUCGAACCAGUUGGUAAUCAAGAACUUCAAGAAUGAGGUCACCAAGAAGAUCCAGACUCCAGUUUGUGACGAAAUCUUCUACGCUGGAACUGGUAUGUUGUUGCUUCGUGAACCGGAGCACGUGACCUUGUUUGAUGUUCAGCAGCUACGCACUUUGGCACAGGUCAAGAUCGCCAAGUGCAAAUAUGUCGUUUGGUCUGCGGAUAUGAGUCAUGUGGCUCUGCUUGCGAAACACACUCUCAAUAUCUGCAACCGUCGAUUGGAUCUUCUGUGCUCCAUUCACGAAAGUGCCCGCAUCAAGAGUGGUGCUUGGGACGAAUCCGGGGUGUUCAUCUACACCACUUCCAACCACAUCAAGUACGCCAUCAUCAAUGGAGAUCAUGGAAUUAUUCGCACAUUGGACCUCCCGAUUUAUAUUACUCGGGUUAAGAACAGUCAGGUGUUCUGUUUGGAUCGGGAGUGUCGUACCCGCGUGCUCAACAUCGACACGACCGAAUAUAAAUUCAAACUGGCGUUGAUCAACAGAAAGUACGAGGAGGUGUUGCACAUGGUUCGCAAUGCUCGACUGGUUGGGCAGAGCAUUAUUGCUUAUCUUCAGCAGAAGGGUUAUCCUGAGGUGGCGCUGCACUUUGUGAAGGAUGAAAAGACUCGCUUCGGAUUGGCACUGGAAUGCGGAAAUAUAGAAGUCGCGCUGGAGGCGGCCAAGGCACUGGAUGAUAAGCAGUGUUGGGAGCGAUUGGCUCAGGUCGCUCUCAUGCAAGGUAACCAUCAAGUGGUAGAAAUGUGCUACCAACGCACCAAAAACUUCGAUAAAUUGUCUUUCCUGUAUCUGAUCACCGGAAAUUUGGAGAAGCUGAAGAAAAUGAACAAAAUUGCUGAAAUUCGGAAGGAUGUUUCUGCGCAGUACCAAGGAGCCUUGCUGCUCGGAGACGUCAAAGAACGCGUAUCGAUUCUCAAGAACUGCAACCAGACAUCUUUGGCAUAUUUGACUGCAAAAACACACGGCCUCGAGGAGGAUGCCACUCAACUGGCUGAGACAAUCACCUCCGCAGGAAAGGAUCUCCCGGAGGUUAAGCCAAAUGCCAUGUUCUUGCGACCACCAGUUCCAAUUCAGCAAGCCGAAAGCAACUGGCCGCUUCUGACCGUAUCGAAGGGCUUCUUCGAAGGAACUAUGAUGUCCCGUGGAGCUGCUACUGUCCAUCAAGCACUGGCUGCCACUGAGACCGUAGCGGAAGCUGCGGAUGAAGAUGGUUGGGGUGUGGAUGACGAUUUGAAGGACGAAGAUAAGUUCGAGGACGCCAAGGAUGAUGAUGACGUCAAAAUCGAAGGAGGCGAAGGAGUUGGCUGGGAUGUGGGCGAUGAAGAUCUCGAACUGCCAGAGGAACUUAUGUCGAAAAUUUCCGCCAGUGCUGCUGGAGACAAGGGUUUCUACGCUGUUCCGCCAAAGGGUUUGCCUCCAUCGCACUUCUGGACUAUCAAUUCUCAGCUAGCUGCGGAUCACGUACGGGCUGGAUCUUUCGAAACUGCGUUCCGAUUGUUGCAUGACCAGAUCGGAGUGGUAAAUUUUGCCCCUUAUAAGGAUCUUUUCAUGGAGUCACAUAUCGGAUCCAAGACUUCAUACACUUGCUUGCCAAACAUUGGUCCACUUGGAGCCCACCCGAACCGCAAUUGGAAGGAAAUUAAUAUAAAGAAUUGUCAUCCGACCUUAGCUUUCAAACUGAACGACCUUGUUCAGACCUUACAAUCCUGCUAUCAACUUACAACCACUGGCAAAUUUACGGAAGCCAUCGAAAAGCUUCAACAUAUAAUUCUGUGCAUUCCCCUUCUCGUAGUAGAAUCCCGCCAAGAGAUCGCCGAAGCACAACAACUCAUGACCAUCUGUCGCGAGUACGUUGUUGGCCUUCAGAUGGAAACCAUUCGCAAGGGAUUGCCGAAGAACACACUCGACGAACAGAAACGCAUUUGUGAACUAGCUGCCUACUUCACGCACGUUAAUCUCCAGCCGGUGCAUCAGAUCCUCACCCUCCGAACCGCUUUGAAUCUUUUCUUCAAACUGAAAAAUUAUAAAACCGCCGCAUCGUUCGCGCGGCGUCUGCUCGAACUUGGCCCUCGGCCGGAAGUUGCUCAGCAAGCUCGGAAAAUCCUGCAGGCAUGCGAAAUGAACGAAACCGACGAGCACACCCUGCAGUACGAUGAGCACAACCCGUUCACGUUAUGCGCCGUCACGUACAAGCCCAUCUACCGGGGAAAGCCGGAGGAGAAGUGCUCCCUCUGUACGGCGUCCUAUCUGCCACCAUAUAAGGGCGUGACGUGCGCAGUCUGCCGGGUGGCCGAAAUAGGCAAGGAUGUGAUCGGUUUGAGAAUCAGCGCUUCACAGUUCAAAUAGGGACUGUCAUCGUUGGUUCUUUACGCACUGAACUAGAAUAUACCGGGCAUCAAGUAUAAUACAGUUUUAUUAAAUAUUUACAUAUAUCCUAUGAAACUACACACGUAUUCCAUAUAUUAAAAAACAAAAUACUUACGCGAUUGUAUUGUGAAAGUCGUCGAGUGCUGUCUCUUCUUGAUUUAAAGUAAGUAAUAAAUUUCAGUGUAGGUCAUAGAGUGUUACCUGCAACACAUUA